AUGUCUUGGUUAUUUAAUAAAGCUUAAAGCCCAGUUUAAUAGCUUAAACUAUCUGAAAAUUUUGCAGAGAAAGUCUUAAACUUAGAAUUAGAUGUUGAAUCGAAUGCAGCUUCAAAAGAAGAAAUUUAAGAGCUAUUAGAAUUAUAUAGUGUAAUAUAAACUACUAAUCUAGCAAGCUGUAGAAUAUUAUUCAUCAGUUAAAUCAGAAAGAUAUACUGUUUUUACCAAUAAAAUUCAAGCUUUAUUAAUGAAACCUUAUGUUAAUAAAAUGUUUGGUGCUGAGGUUAAAUAAGAAUCCAAAUAAAUUUAAUAAUAGCAUGUGCAAAAAGAAUAAAUUAAAAACAAUAUAUAAUUCAUUUAAUAAAUGGAUAGUAAUAAAUAAGUCUAAUAGAUGAUGACUGCUGCUAUUGAUGAAAAAAUCAAGAGAGAAAAUAUUAUUGCUCAUGAUUUUAAAAUGUAAGAUCAUAAAGUAUAACAAAGAAUGUUAAAGCGAAUCAAAGUAUUCAUUCAAUAUUAAUUAUUUUUAAGGACCCUUCCAAGUAUAAUUUAGCUAUCUCUAAAAGUACUUCUCUUAGACAUUUAAAAUUAGACAUUGAAUCAUAAAGUUAAUAAUCAACUCUACCAGAUACUUAGGAAUAAGGAUAAGAAAUAAAAUCUGAUCCAGCUUUAGAAAAGUUAUUAGAGCUUACAGCUUAAUAAUAAUUUACUGAUUUAAUUAAAAAUGAUUUUGACUCAAUUGAAUAACUUCCUUAAUAGCCAACAUAAAAAAUAGAACAUAAAAUUAAAAAUAUCGAACCUGAAGUACUAAGUCUACCCAUUAAGCCAUCAUAAAUUAAAGAUAAACUAUAUUCUUAUUUUAAUGAUGAUCCUUAGCCUAUUGAUUAACAAAACUGGUCUCUUUAAUUAGGGGAUCUGUAACAUCCAAAAACAAAAAAAGUUAGAGAAAUGGUAAACAAAAAUACAGAUCUUAUAAAGUAAAAAAAAGAGCUCAAUAAUAUUUUACCAUGUUGA